AUGGGUCUCAUGUAUUUAAAGUUCUCAAGGAGUGCCUCGAUGAUUCGUGCGCAGCCGCUCGAUGCGUGUAUCAUAAUUGGAGGUUGUGAUAAAACGGUCCCCGCGCAGUUGAUAGGCGGUAUCUCCGCAAACAAACCCGCCGUAUACCGCGCGGGAGACCUCGAUAUUGAAGAGAUCGCCGCGGUCAAUAAGGAACUGGCUCCAACGAUCGGUACUUGCGGCGUUAUGGGCACGGCCAGCACCAUGGCCUGCCUAACCGCGGCGCUGGGUAUAAUGCCUCUGCGCGGGGCGUCGGCGCCAACUAUCCUUUCGAAGGCCUCCUUCCUUAACGCUAUUAUACUUAAACCUAGCGGCGACAACUAUAUGACCGACUUCUAUAAUGCCGGCGGUAUACCUGCUUUGCUUUGCACGCUGCGCCCGCUACUCUACAUCUCCGCUAUAACUAUUCCUCACGCCGUCCUUAACAACGCCCUAUUCCGCCCCUUAUUUCUGUCGCAGGCUGUUAUAUGCCUACUCUCCGACCCGCUUUACCCUUCCGUCUCGCUCGUCGUGCUCUACAGGAAUAUUACGCUAAACGGCGCUGUUAUAAAAGCCUCCGCGUCUAAAGACUGCCGUUUACUUUCCUACCCCGGGCCCGCCGUCGUCUUGGACAACACAGCCAACCUAGCUAAGCGUAUCAAUAACCCCGCGCGACCCGUAACGCGCGACUCUGUCCUAGUAUUAAAAGAUAUCGGGCCCGUCGGGAACCCAGACAUGCCGGAGGUGGGGCUAUUAGAUAGGCGGAUGUCAGGGACGGCGGGGGGCACGAUCGUGCUGCAUAUCUCGCCAAAGUCGGGGCUACCCGAGUCGCCGUUUAGGGUUAGGAGGAAGCUCUCACUGGAGGUCUUGGAGGAGGAGCUAGCGGCGCGGAUUGAGGCGAGAAAGCGGGUGUUUGUAGAAGAGGUUGUUGUGCAGGAGAGACGGGCGAGACGGGGAUAUCGGGGGUUGUAUAUGCGGUUUGUGAAUCAGGCUCAUGUUAGGGUUGAUUUUGAUUUUCUUAUUGCAGAGUAG